AUGUUGCAUACUCCCGGGCCCCGGGCCCGACCUCGGGCCCGCUCGGGGCUGCGCGGUCGACGCGCUCCGUCGGACUCUGCCCAGUACGACCCGGCCGGUCCUGCUGGGCGCCCUGCCUCGGCCCUGCCCCGGCCCUGCCCCGGCGCUCGAGUCGAGGCCGCCUUGCCUUACCUCCGCCUCAGGCACCCUCGGCCGGCGUCCCCGCGCGGCGCGGCGUCCCCUGAGCGCGCCUUCUCAGGGCUCGUGGUUCGCGCAGCCCCAGCUGAGGGCCACGACGACCCUGCUCCUUGCUCUCCCUCCCUAUACGGAAGCACUUACUCUAAUGUUUACAGAUACAAGGAUUCAUUGAAAGAAGACCUUCAGACAGCAGAUCUUGUUAUUAGUCACGGAGGUGCAGGAAGCUGUUUGGAGAGUCUGGAAAAAAGAAAGCCGCUCACAGUGCUUAUAAAUGAAAAGUUGAUGAACAGUCAUCAGCUGGAAUUGGCAAAGCAGCUACACAAAGACGGCCAUCUCUUCUACUGUACCUGCGGCGCGCUUCCUGGGCUGUUACAGUCAAUGGACUUUUCAACACUGAAAUGUUUUCCUCCUGGCCGGCCAGAAAAAUUUUCUGCAUUUUUGGAUAAAGUUGUUGGAUUACAAAAAUAAACACUAAACUCUCCACACUUUAA